AUUGUAGUCAUAUGGUGUGUCUGUCUGUUUACAACUCGUGCACCACAUCCUCAAUGUCUUCUUCGGACGAUUUGCCCGAAACUGAGAUUAAUUUCGAUGAAAGCACUCGACAUUUGGGAAGCAAUUCAUGGCUCGUGAGGCCGUGUGAACGAUAUGGACAGCAAUACAAGGAUUGCAAAUCAAUGAGAGCCCGAGUCCAUCAGUACUUCAUAUUUGGACAUUCAAUCGAUUGCAGCCAAUGGUCACAAGACUAUGAAAAUUGUCUGAAGUUUAGGAACAGUAAAAAAGCCGAAGAUUUGGAUAAAGUGAUUGAAAGCGAAAUGAGACGAAAGGAGGAGAGACUGGAGACCAUGAAAGCCAACGAUGUCUGGGAGUACCGAUCGGAACCGCCCACCGAUUGGCGGAAACCACUUCCCGAUUGGUUUGUACAGAGGAAUCAGUUCUCACUCUUAAGCCGAAAGCAAAAGGAGAGACAAAACAAUACAAAUGUGAAUAAAACGUAAACUUUAUUGAAUUGACUGAACGGAUAAUAAAGUGUUUUGUAAUUAUUGUAACAAUUCUUAGGAUAUAUUAAUAAAUAAUUAAACAAAAUAGUGAUUCAAAUACUUUGCGGUG